AUGUCUUUACCUCUACGACAUUCACUCGACAAUCUAGAUUCUCUUGAUAGAAUUCUGGAAGAUUUGUUAGUCAGAUUUAUAAUUAAUGUUCCACCGGAGGAUCUUUCAUCGGUAGAGAGAGAAUUAUUUCAUUUUGAAGAAGCUUCAUGGUUUUAUAUCGAUUUUAUUAAAUUGUUAAACCCAUCUUUACCAUCUUUAAAAAUUAAAUCAUUUGCAACAAAUAUUAUAAGGAUUUGUCCUAUUGUAUGGAGAUGGGACAUAAAAGCAGACGAAGCACUUCAGAAAUUUUCACUUUAUAAGAAAUCUAUCCCUGUAAGAGGUGCCGCAAUUUUCAAUGAAAAGUUAAAUAAAAUAUUAUUAGUUCAGGGUACUGAAUCCGAUUCAUGGUCAUUUCCGCGUGGUAAAAUUUCAAAAGAUGAAGAUGAUGUACAAUGUUGCAUAAGAGAAGUUAAAGAAGAAAUUGGCUUUGAUUUAACAGGCUAUAUCGAUGAAAACCAAUUUGUUGAAAGAAAUAUUUCAGGUAAAAAUUAUAAAAUUUACUUAGUUUCUAAUGUACCAGAAGCAACACAAUUCAAACCCCAAGUUAGAAAUGAAAUUGAUAAAAUUGAGUGGAAGGAUUUUAAGAAAAUUAUGAGAUCUAUUUUCAAACAAUCGGGUUCUACUAAAUAUUAUUUAAUCAAUGCUAUGAUCAGACCUUUAUCAAUUUGGUGUAAACGUCAAAAGGAAGGUAAAGAUAACUCUGAGUUAAUUAGAAAUGCAGAAAAGCAGUUAAAAGAAUUACUAGGUAUUACCUCUUCUACUGAAAUAACUGAUAAAUAUGCGCAAAUUUCUGCCAAGGAUUUCAAUGCCCAUAACAAUAGUACAUCUGGCUCAUCCAUUUCUGAUUCCCAAAAUGGCCAACCUAUAGAUAUUGAUCCUGGCAGAGCCCUACUGAACUCUUUACAAAGUGCUUUUAAUGUUAACAGUAAUAAUAUUAAUAAUACUCAACAGAACACAUUUAUGCCACCACCAAUGCCAAUUUUAGUUAAUGGCAACGGUAAUGCUAAUAAUAUGUUCCCACCAAUGAUGAAUGGUGGAUUUCAACCAUUUGCUCCCUUUCCUAUUGUUAAUAACAAUCAUGGUGUCUUACCGCUAAUGAAUAAUAAUUUCCAUCCAACUUCUGACAGUGCUCAAUUCCAUAUAAUGAAUAUGAACAACAUCAAUCCAAGAGAUAUUAUGGACGAUGCAACAGCCACUCCAAAUACAGCUUCUCUUUCAAAGCCAUCUUUAGUGGAUGGUGCAACUCAUGAUAAUGCUAAGCAAUUACUAACCCUACUGAAUGAUAAAAAGCCUGAACAGUUCGGCACCUCUCCACAAGUAGCAAAUGCCGCUUUAGUCUCACAAGUUGACAGCUCCAAUUCUAAAGAUCUAUUGCAUUUAUUGAAACAUGAACCUCAAUCUGAGAUGCAGUCUUUAGGUAUUAAAAUAUCAUCUGGUGUGGAUAUCCCAGAUGACAACACAUAUGAGGAAUUUGAAAGUAGUUCGGAAGAAGGAAAUGAUGAAGACAGUUAUAUGAAUAUUAAUCACAGCGACAUGGGAGAAUACAAUAGAGCCAGUGUAUUAAGAGAUAAUUUUAAUGAUAAAACAGAUCAACAGAAACUAGAAAAUUUAGACGGCGAGGAGUUUUCAACAACAGAAAUGCCAAAUUCAGCAGCUUUAGUAGGAAACUCAUUUGGAUCAAAUGGUGGUGAUAUCCCACACGUAGACGAAGUCAAUGAAAGCACAAGAGGAGUUGCUUCGUUGUCUAUUGCUGGUAAAGCAAAAAAUGUAAAUAAUACACCAAAAAUUAAGCUACUAAAAAGAGGAGAACAAUUAUCCAAUAAUGCUUUGUCACCUCCAAAAGUAUCACCCGAAUCCAUACCAUACCAGAAAAAUACGAACUUUGAAGAAUCUAGUGGGUCACCAAACGAGCUUCUAAAAAUUUUAAAGGCACCUCUGGACGAUAAAAAAUCUUAUUCAACUCAAUCCCAGCAGUCUACAAAUCCAUUAUUAGACAUGCUAAAGAAACCUAGUCUUAGCGACUCUCCAACUAACAGAUAUGAUUCAAAUCUAAUAGAUAACCCAAAUAGUAGUAAUUCUCAAAUUGGGACACCAGUAGAAUUUGCAAACCAGAUUCCAUCAAUGGUUCCUAACAAUAAAAGCUCUUCGCCAUUAAUUCAAACUAACGGAUCUCCACAAUCACAAUCACAUGCAAAUGAAUUUUUAAAUGUUCUAAAUGACCCAAAUGCAAGAAAUAAUUCAAAGUUUGGUCCACCCUCAGGUCAACCUUUUAACGAACAAGGGAUCCCAGUGGAUAUGCCACAACAGAUUUUAACUCCAAAUGGUUCUCAACCACCAGGCAUGUCUCAUAAUCAACAUCAAUUCAACAACCUACAGUUUAAUCAGUUUUAUCCAAGUCCAAUGGAGCAACCACCUCAUUUAGUCCCAAAUCAAUAUGUACCAAGUCAGAUGCAUGCCCCUAAAUAUAUGGAUGCUCUUAAUAACCAUUCUCCACAAUCUUCAGCACAUAUGUCAUUAUCUCAAUCACAAUCUCCUACACAUAGAGGUUUAGCUCCAGCGGGAAAUGAAUUACUUAAUAUGCUAAAAGGGCCAAAUGUUAAAAUGGGGCUUGAUCAAACAAUGAAUGGCUCUCCAUUGAAUAAUAAUGCUCAAUCUGUUCCUCAAAUGGGUCAAACAGCAUCAAAUCAGUUAUUAAAUUUGUUACAUAAGAAAUAA